AUGGAGGGCUGGUUAAGUUUGUGUUUCAUAGCUCUAUGCACGCUUGUGGCCCUCUGGUUUCGCAAGCUCUCUGGGGGCAAGAGAAAGCCACAACUGCCUCCUGGGCCAUGGACUCUUCCCUUCAUCAAAAGCCUCCACCACGUCGCCAGCGUGCUCCCGCACCGCAAGAUGAUGGAGAUGUGUCGCCGGCAUGGGCCGCUGAUGCACCUUAUGCUCGGCGAGGUCCCAACGGUGAUCGUCUCCAGCGCCGAGGCGGCGGCGCUGGUGAUGAAGACCAACGACCUUGCCUUUGCUGGCCGGCCUCGCAGCGCGACGCUGGACAUCUUCGGCUGCGGCGGGAGGGGCAUCGUCUUCGCCCCCUACGGUGACCCAUGGCGCCAGAUGCGCAAGGUCUGCACCAUGGAGCUCCUGAGCUCCAAGCAGGUGAGGCGUAUGGACGGUAUCAGGCCAGACCAGGUGGGCAGCCUUCUCCAUUAUGUCGCAGACGCGGCAUCCAUGGGUGCCGUCGUCAACGUCAGCGAGAAGAUGAUGGCGCUCAGCAACGACGUGGUGUCGCGGGCGGUGUUUGGCGGCAAGUUCCCGCAGCAGGAGGAGUACCUCCGGGAGCUGGAUGAGGCGUUCGUGCUGCUAGGUGGUUUCUGCCUCGUCGACCUCUUCCCGUCAUCGCGGCUGGCAAAACAUCGAUUACUAACUGAACUACAAGACCUGAAAAUAGCAAAAGAAAGCCAUGGAAUGGAAAACAGGCGGUGCAGAUUACUUCUUUAUCCUCCAGACAACUUUCUUCUUCUCCAUCCAACCGCCAGAUGGACCACCGGCCGAACCGUCGACCACCACCACCCGCGGCCAGCGGCGCUCCUGCUCAGCCUCACCGCCCCGCCCACCCCUCAUCCUCCUACCACCGACAUGCUGCUGCCCCUGGCCAUCCCUCCAGCCCCGGCAAUGACCAGUUUUUUCUCCGGCGAACUUGCACCACCGCCGUGCUGCCACCCCUACCUCCCCCCUUCAUCAACGAUAGAUGAUGGGGUAGCCUCCUAG